AUUAAUCGUUAACGUCAAACUUGUUACGCAUCGUGUGUCCCCGCAGUUAAAAUUGCAUGAGUUGUUGAUCGUAUUUUCAUCGUAAAUCGUAAUGUUAAUGGCAAGUUUCGGAAAGUGCGCGGUGGUCGCGCGGAAUGGAUUGCUUCAUCAACAAACAGCCGGCAUGAAGUGUUUUGCACUCCCUGCACAAUACGAAAAUAUUCAUACGCCGGAAAGGCCAAAAUUACGGUUCAUGGAUAAGGUACCACAGCUUCCUAGCAAUUUGAGGCCACCAAAGAUGCAGAAAAAAUUGAAAUGGAUGCGGGGUCCAGAACAGAUCCACAACGACCUCGUUCAUAAGCAAUACGGGAUCGUGGCUACAGGAGGCGGUCGAUUGAAAUGGGGCCAUUUUGAAAUGUUGCGACUAACGAUUGGACGUAAAAUGGAUACAAAUCGUAUGUUCGCAAUCUGGCGUGUUGAAGCUCCAUGGCAACCGGUAACUAAAAAGGGCCAAGGACAGCGUAUGGGUGGAGGAAAAGGUGCUAUUGAUCAUUAUGUAACACCGGUGAAAAGUGGACGUGUGAUUGUUGAGCUGGCUGGGAAGUUAGAGUAUGCAGAGGCUCAAAAUAUUUUAAAGGUAGUUUGUCCGAAGUUACCAUUCGAGGCCAGGAUCGUUUCCCAAAAAUUGUUAGACGAUGAGGCAUUAGAAAGAGGGCACAAAGAGCGGAAAAAUUUGAACCCAUGGACGCUUAAGUAUAUUGUUCAAAACAAUUUGGGUGGGUGUCAUCGAUGGCUUUCUCCGGUCGAUCAUAAAUGGUUUGGCGAAUAUAAUUAAAAAAUAUUCGUCCAACAGCUUAACAACGAAUAAAGAAUUGAUUAUAAAGUUCUU